AUGUUCCGAGCUCUCAAUCUCAGACGCUCCCUCCAAACCCUCCUCCAGAACCACCACCCCCACCCCCACCCACAUCCUCCCCAUCUCAAAACUCCACCCCCUACCCCCAGCACCACUCCCCAAAGCCCCAUAAACACAUACAACCUCACCCGCUCAUUCUGCUCCUCCCCGUCAUCUCUCUCCUCUUCUCCCUCCUCAUCCGAUGCCGAGCUCCGCAAGUACCUGGGCUACACCCUCCUCCUCCUCGGUUGCGGCGUCGCCACCUACUACUCCUUUCCUUUCCCCGAAAAUGCCAAGCACAAGAGAGCCCAGCUCUUCCGUUACGCCCCACUUCCAGAGGACCUUCACACUGUGUCAAACUGGAGUGGGACCCAUGAAGUCCAGACCCGGAAUUUCCUCCAACCCGAGAGUUUACAGGAAUUGGAGAGCAUCGUGAAAGAUGCGAAUGAGAAGAAGCACAAGAUCCGGCCAGUUGGGUCGGGACUAUCUCCUAAUGGUAUUGGGUUGGCAAGGGCUGGGAUGGUGAAUUUGGCAUUGAUGGAUAAGGUUUUGGAGGUGGAUAAGGAGAAGAAGAGGGUUCGGGUUCAGGCAGGGAUUCGGGUGCAGCAGCUUGUUGAUGGGAUUAAGGAUUACGGGCUGACACUGCAGAAUUUUGCAUCGAUUCGGGAGCAGCAGAUUGGUGGCAUUGUUCAGGUUGGUGCACAUGGUACUGGUGCAAGGUUGCCUCCCAUUGAUGAGCAGGUUAUCAGCAUGAAAUUGGUUACUCCUGCCAAGGGUACAAUAGAGGUUUCACAAGAGAAAGACCCAGAGCUGUUUUAUCUAGCUCGCUGUGGUCUUGGGGGCCUUGGAGUGGUUGCAGAAGUCACUCUCCAGUGUGUUGAGAGGCAGGAACUUGUAGAACACACAGUUGUUUCAAAUAUGAAAGACAUCAAAAAAAAUCACAGGAAAUUUCUAUCUGAGAACAAGCACGUGAAGUACCUAUAUAUCCCAUAUACUGACACUGUUGUGCUUGUGAGAUGUAAUCCUGUUUCAAAAUGGAAGGGUGCACCCAAAUUCACACCAAAAUAUAGUGAAGAUGAAGCUAUGCAGCAUGUCCGUGAACUCUAUGUGGAGUCGCUAAAGAAAUACAGAGGGCAAGUGAUUGCAGUGAAAUCUCCAAAUGACAAUGAACCAGACAUAAAUGAGCUCUCAUUUACAGAGCUGAGAGAUAAACUACUUGCCCUCGAUCCUCUUAAUAAAGACCAUGUCAUAAAGGUAAAUCAAGCUGAGGCUGAGUUCUGGAGGAAGUCAGAGGGAUAUCGAGUAGGCUGGAGUGAUGAAAUUCUGGGCUUUGAUUGUGGGGGCCAGCAGUGGGUCUCAGAAAUCUGUUUUCCUGCUGGAACGCUAUCGAAGCCAAGCAUGAAGGACCUAGAAUAUAUUGAAGAGUUGACGCAGGUCAUAGAGAAGGAAGGGAUACCUGCUCCUGCACCUAUAGAACAGAGAUGGACAGCACGCAGCAGGAGUUCAAUGAGCCCGGCUUCAAGCUCAAGGGAGGAUGAUAUAUUCUCAUGGGUUGGUAUAAUCAUGUAUCUUCCUACGAUGGAUGCUCGUCAGCGAAGACAAAUAACAGAAGAAUUUUUCCAUUACAGGCACGUGACUCAAACACAGUUAUGGGAUCAGUAUUCUGCUUAUGAACAUUGGGCUAAGGUUGAGGUUCCAAAGGACAAGGAAGAACUUUCAGCUUUGCAAGCCAGGCUAAGAAAGCGAUUUCCAGUGGAUGCAUAUAAUAAAGCACGAAAGGAAUUGGACCCCAAUCAGAUCCUUUCCAAUAACAUGCUGGAGAAGCUGUUCCCAUUAUCUGAUACGAUUUGAUAGGCAGUCACUCCUUGGUUAGUUCUUUAUUUAUUUAUUUUUUAUUGAGUUGGUUUAGAAGGAAUAAGGAUCUUGUCCUGUCAAAUCUGCUUUGUAGACACAUACUUAGCCAUUGAAAAUGUGACUGUACAUCACAUCAAAAGGAAUAUUAGGAUUUUAUAAUAGGAGGUGUAUUAUUAAGCUUCUACAUUCAAUUUUUUAUGUAUUGAGUAGUAAUCAAGUUUUUAUAUUAU